AGAUAACAAAAUUGCAUGACGGAGGAAGAAAAUAUAACAAUACUAACAAGAAAAAUCCGUAAUUUAACUUUCAACAUACGAGCUAAGUACUUCGGCAUGUUAUGUGCGGCUAUCAACAAUUCUAGUUUGGGUUUAAGCAAUUCUCAAACUUCUCGAAACAAAAUGUUAAGUACGGAAGACUAUUAUAAACAAAGCGAACAAAGAAUGAAAAUGGAGAAUAUUUUUAACUAUAAUAAUAACAACAAUACAUUUUUGCCUCAUGAUACGCACCUGCAGGAAAGUACUUCGGCGCUUUUAAAUGAUUUAAACGAGUUUAAAACUUUAACCAGCCAGAAUAAUACGGGAAGUUUAGACGAACACAGAGCUUUGCAACUUGCUUUAGAACUGUCUAUGCUAGGUUUAACAAAUGAAGAUGAAAUAAAUUUUGCUGAUAUGCGAACUAAAAAAAGUAUGAACACAACAGAAUGUGUACCUGUACCCAGCUCCGAGCACGUUGCUGAGAUUGUUGGAAGGCAAGGGUGCAAAAUAAAAGCUCUUCGCUCCAAAACCAACACUUAUAUUAAGACUCCAGUUCGUGGAGAGGAACCUGUCUUUGUUGUUACUGGCAGAAAAGAAGAUGUCCAUCUUGCUAAAAGAGAAAUUAUGCAGGCUGCUGAUCAUUUUAGUCAGAUCAGAGCUUCUCGAAGAAAUAGCACUUCUUUAUCUCCAAUUGGUCCACCUUCACCAACAACUCCUGGGCAUGUAACUAAACAAGUUCGAGUUCCUUAUCGCGUUGUUGGAUUAGUUGUGGGUCCUAAAGGAUCUACAAUUAAAAGGAUUCAACAAGCUACUAAUACUUAUAUAGUAACUCCAUCUCGUGAUAAAGAACCUGUGUUUGAAGUUACUGGACUUCCAGAUAAUGUUGAUCGAGCUAAGAGGGAAGUAGAACAUCAUAUUGCAUUGAGGACUGGAGGAAUUUUUGAUCCAACUCAUCCAGAAACAAAUGAACAUCUGUUGAACGGAUAUUCAUCAAGUUUGUUUUCUCCAACCGGAUCAACGAAUAGUGGAGGUUUUUCUUCUCUCCUAGACCAUAAUCUCCCUGGACAUCCUCAUCAACGAGCACAGUCAAUGGACUCUUAUAACUAUUUAAGUGGUCAAUCUUCAAAUUCAUCAAAGUUUUCAGAUCUUGGCGGUGUUUCAACUGUUAAUAGUCCAUUUACCAACAAUUCAUUUCUUUAUGAUGCUGUUAUCCCUUCACCAACAGCUGAUAUUGAUAACCUAGGUCAAUUUGAUCCAGCUCCUGGUUCACCAUCACCAAGUAUUUGGCCAGACAUGUUGAGGAAAGGUACUCUAAUGAAUAGGACUGUUGGUUCCCAAGGUUACUCUCACCGUUCUAUGAGCACAAGCACAUAUACAAAUGGAGAACGCUCUAGCCCUGCGCAUUUGCGUCGAUUAAUGAGUGAGGGUGGAAAUGAAUCUUAUUCGGUUCCUUCUAUUUCUUACUCACAGUAUAAUGGCUCAAGCUCAAAUAUUCCAUCUUCAGCGCAUGACAUUCUUUCUAAUGGUGACCUAAAAAUAUCUAGUGAUGGAGAAUCUGGCAGUUCAACUCCAGACUGGUUAGUAAAUAAAGGUAAGCAGUGCUAUGUUUGUAAAGGUAAAAAUGUGGUUGCUGCAUUAGUUCCAUGUGGUCACAACUUGUUUUGCAUGGAAUGUGCUGAACAAGUUAAAGAAGCUGAUGGAGAGUGUCCUGCUUGCCAUAAAAAGAUUGAAGCAGUAUUGCGAAUCUUUAGUUAAAUUAUAGGGCUUCGUUUAUUUUUCUAAAAUUUCAUUGUUGCUAAAAUGAUAUUUUGUAAUAUUGUUGUAACAAGCAGAAAAAUAUUCCUAAUUUAAAAACAAAUCUUUCAAUGAUACUUCUAUAUUUUUGCAUUUGAUAAUUUUUUUGGCGAUAAAUUUUUAAGAAAGAUUGUUUUCUAUAUAAAGUUACAUAAAAAACAUUUUACGUUUUGUUUCAUUUUUGUACUCUUUAUAAUUUGCAGAUUUAUUUUAUGUUUCCUUCAUUUUUUUUUUUUUUUUCGAAUUAUUAUAGUUAUAAUUACUAAAGAAAAAUUCUAUAUUAUUAGUAACUGGAGAAAUGGUUUAUUUUUAUAAGAUUCUUGUUAAAAUAAUAAAAUAAAUACUUAAGAGAUUCCAUUUGUCAUGAAUAUUAUAUGAGACAUAAUUUUUUAUUCUAAAGAUAUUAUUUGGAGGACAAUUACCUAUCCAAUUUAAACUUAAUAUAAUAAGAUGAAAUAUCUUACAAAAAUAAAUAAUACUUUAUAUAUUUUUCUAUAACAUUUUAAAUUAUAUAAAGCUUAAUUUGGAAAGGUUGUAUAAUAAAGUUUGUAUAUUUUAUUCAUUUGCACGAUUUUAUCAUAUGAAAUUUGUUCUAUAAAUUGUUACUAACUGUCAUACAUAAAAUUAUAUUUGUUAAUGAAAACUUUAUUGUCCUUUUAAAUGUGCAUUAGCUUGUUUUCUUUUGAAUUUUCUUUAUUAUUAUUAUUUUUUUCAAUUCAUGCAGAGUAUAUUGUAGAGAAACUUUAGUUUUUUUAUCCAGAGUUCUUAAAUAAAUUUAUACUUAACACUGAUUUGUAUAAAAACUUCCUUAAAUUUUAUUUUUUGUACACACCUUUUACUUUCUUGGCAAUAAUUUUAAUUUCAUUUUCAAAUCUUCUCUGCAUGAAUAAUUUUGUCUAUUAAAAGAGAUUGCUUGAUUCUCAAUUGUAAAAUAUAUAUUUUAGUAAAAAAGCUGACUCAGCAACAUUUGUAUAAAUUGGCUGAGUGAGUUUAAUGUAGUUCUAUUUUUGUGAUUUUAAUAACUAAUAUUUUAAAUCUAGUUUUAUUUAUAAAUAUAUUAUGAAAAACUUUUUCACCUUUAUAUUAUACUUCUUUUAAAUAACUUACAUAUUAUCGACCUAUAAUAAAACAGAUUGGCGACAUAAAUCAGCACCUUUUGGCUUUUUUUUUUAAGCAAAAAAUGAAAUAUAAAAUAUGUCUUCAAACUGUUUUUUUAUAGUCAUUAAAAAAAUUAUAUAUUAAAUAUUUAUGUUACGAGGGGAAAUAUAAACACGUAAUAAUAAAAGUUGCUAUUUUUGCAUUUUUAUUAUUGCGAAGAAAUGCAUUUAUUUUGGUUGUCAGAAAAUUGUAGAUUUAUAAUAACAGUAUGAAUAAAUUUUUACAGAUGAGUAGUAAUAAAAAAUCUUAUAUUUGUGGAAUUAUUUUUUAUUUCCUCACAAAACAGUUUAUUGUACGAAAAAUUAUAUACUUAUGUUUGUAAAUUAUUGUUGCAGUUUUACGAUAUUUUUUUUUUCCAUUAUGGAAAUGUUUUUAUAUCUUUUGAUAUCUUUGGGCGUUUUCGGGGAAAACUUAAGAUAUUAAACAUUUUUCAUUUUGUUUCAGUUUGCAAAAGUUUUUGAAUUCUUACUGUCAUAAUUUACCUAGAUUUACAAAUCUACUUAAAACUAAAAAAUGCGUAUAAUUUUAGAGGAUUAGAUGGUUAUUUUUAUUUACUACACAUUAUAUACAAAAUAUUACUAUGUAUAGAUUGACAAUAAAAAAUUUUGGAUGAAAUUUUUAAUGUAAAA